AUGGUGGCCAAAUGUCCGGCAGACAACACAGCACAGGUGGAGCAAGAUGAAUUCUUUGACUUUUCAUACUUUGAUCCACACAAGAUCGGUUGGUUGAUUUGUGGCUGUGCGGCUGCGAUUACAUGUGUGCUCUCUUUAAUCACAAUCAUAGGACACGCAAGAAAUUACAACAGACCACUCGAACAAAGGCAAAUCAUUCGGGUUUUACUAUUUCCUCCAGUAUAUGCAGUCGUGAGCUUUUUCAGUUAUCGAUACUUUCGUUAUUAUGAAUAUUGGGAUUUAGGUGAAGCGGCUUAUGAAGCAUUCGCAAUCGCCGCUUUCUUGAUGUUAAUGUUGCAAUACAUCGGUACAAGCGUACAAGAUCAAAAAGCAACUUUUGCCCACAAAGACAAAAAGCCUUUACCGUUACCUUUUUGCUGUUGGAGAUAUAGACCGAGUAAAGCAUACUUUCUCGUUUUACUCAAAUGGUCAGUCGUACAAUAUUGCAUCAUUCGACCGGCAAUCAGUAUAGCAGGUAUCGUGACAGAAUAUUACGAGGUCUAUUGUCCAUCUUCUCUUAGCUACAAAUAUGCAUACGUAUACCUAACAAGUGUCGAUUUUGCCGCAAUCAGUAUCGCUUUAUACGGCUUGAUCGUAUUAUACACUCUGGUCAAGGAUGACCUCAAAGGAAGAAAGCCGCUUGCAAAAUUUGCAACGAUCAAAUUAGGAAUCUUUUUGAUCUUCUACCAAGGCUUCAUCUUUUCACUUUUAGCAAGUCAUGGCGCUUUACAUGCUACUCGAUAUUGGACCACAACCAAUAUUGCUGAUGGUCUAAAUGCUCUUUGUACUUCGCUGGAAAUGGUACUGAUAUCAUCGAUGCAAAUGUGGGCAUUCUUUUGGGGUGAAUACUACAUCGACAGACUCAGAGAACCGACAGGAAAAGCAAACAAGAAUGGAAAAACGAAUGUCUUUUUCUCCAUUUUACACGCACUCAACUUUACUGAUAUUCUGAUCGAGCUAUGGUACGAGAUUGUAUUCUUGUUUGAUCGUAUACGUGGAAAAGAAUACACAAGAAGGGAUGCCAGA